AUGGAAUUUAACUUUCAUCCCGUAACUGGUGAAGAUUUAGAACUUUAUAGAGAAAAUGCUCACGGUAUUGAACAAAAUGUACGUGAAACAUUUCCAUCGAUUCCAGCUGAUUUCCAAUUAAAACCAGUGACACUUCGUAAGAUGGAGGCAUGUGCUAUGAUAUACGAUUUUAUGAUUGGCUUACCCGAUGGUACAUUUGCGAAGGUUACAUUUAGUGUCGGUGGUCUUCCAUCAGGAUCAGGUGUCGUUGAAGAACAGAUCUAUCGUGUUGAUGAAACUGCACAUGCCACUGCGUAUCCAACCCAUUAA